AAAGAAAUGUCAAGUCUUUUCUAACCUAAAAGUUCAUACAUUUGUAAUCUUAUUAAAAUUGUAAAGUUAAAAUGUCUCAGUUAAUAAAUACUUUCUUACGGAAUCCUGUCCUAAAGAGUGUAAGAUUACAUGUGCCAUGCCGGAUGAUCCAGUUAACUGCAGUUCAGCAACUGUAUGCGCCCGCAGCCCUGGGAAUCGAUGGCUACCUUCACGCCAGGAGGAGAAUCAAGGAACAAUUCGCAAACUUUACCGAUAAAUUCAGGACAAAGAUGACAGAAUUUGUGGACGACUCCAAGAACAUGGUGUUCACAGAGGAUCUCAAGAAUAUGGUGCACAUUGCUGAGCCUUCAGAUGUGGAAUUGUGUCUUAAAAUGAUUAAAAAAUUCAACACACAAAGUUCCGAGUACCGAUUUGGAUCCUUUGUGUUUGGGCCUGUGGUUAUGAGGAUGUUCCAUUUUCUGGAUGCACCUAAUGAAGCUUUAAAGUGCUUUGAAGACCCAGAAAACGGUGAUUUCUUUGACCAACUAGUCACAUACCAGAUAUUAUUAGACCUGCUAUACAGCCACCAGAUGUAUGAUGACAUGUACAGGGUGUUUGAGAGAGUGAAGGAUCGUCAGAUCAACAUGACCAAGUAUCCGAAGUAUCCAGUCGUUUUAAUACUUGCAGCUUGUUAUAAACAGAAUACACCACAAAGUAUGGAAUACGCAUCAAAGUUAUGGUCAGAGAUGAGCAAAACAGGCACUGUUCCACUAAGAAGAGCAUGCACAUUCUUUGCUGCAUUGGCCCUUAAGCAGGGUGCUCCCCACAUAGCGCUAGAGUCGAUAUCAUCACAGAAACAACAUUAUGUCACAAUCCGAAACAUAAAGGCAACAGCGUUAGCGGCCAUGGGUAGAGUGGAUGACACGUUACCGGUGCUUCGAACUGUAUUGGACAUCGACUCGCCGGAGCAGAAAGACAAACACACAUUCUUCGAAGAAACUAUAUUAAAAGUAAAGGAGGCAGUGGAGAAGAGCGAGAAUAAAGAUCUGAAGAAGGAGUUCGAUGAUAUCCACAAAGCGUUGGUUGAUCGGCAGUUAAUAGAUUCUAAGCAGACUCUGGAUAUGCUGCUGAACGCAGAGAUCGCAGCGGUGAAGAAGACCGACGGACCGGGCAGCGGCAUGCCUUCAUACAAAAAGCAGAUGCCCUACGGACUUAGGCAGAAGAGGCGUAGCUAAUACAUAUAAUAAAGUUGAUAUUAUUAGCAAAGAAAAUUCAUUGUAAUUGGUAUAAAGUUAUUGCCCCUUAGUUUGACAUCCAAAAUCUUCGAGCAACACCGGCUUCCGACACGUUGUAAGGGAGGAGCCCAAGCGAUAUCUUACCGUACAAAUUGUUCUGUCAUUUUUUGCGAGGGGAUAAGUGCACAGGCGCACUUCUCACUCACUACAUACAAAAUCUAAUCUCUAAUGACGACACAAAUACAUAGAAAAUUACACACGUCAAAGACAAAUCUUGCACACCUCGACUCGAGUCACAACACGCACCGCGCUAGUUGUGUGCAUGCCCAGUUGGGCAUGUGCUUCGGCAGAGCCUUUCCGGUGUUGCUCGAAAUCCAAAUUAGAUGGCGCUGUACCGCUUUCAGCUUUAAAUAAUAGUUCCUAAUCUCUCCGGUGGCGCUAGUUAGGCUCUGGGACAUGAGUAUAACAUGAACCAUAUAAGGCAACAAAUAACCCGACCAAAUUACGUAGGUUGUUUUUGGUAGUAUUUCGGUGUAUGGUGGCGCCACCUAAUUACUGUUUAUUGAUGGACACUUUUCAUACAUAGAGAUUUGGCUCCUUUAUAUAGUCUCCGUGGUUUUGCGGUCACUGAAUUGUCAAACUUUUGACAAUCAGAGUUACCACAAAAUGUAUAUAUGAAGCUGUACAGCGCCAUCUCGUUUACCUGUCAAAUUCGAAUCACGAAAUUGUUUUAAGAUUUUACGCAUCUUAAUCAAUCAAUGUUUCUUUGUUAGUAGACAUAAAUGCAUCUUGUCUUAUAUCGGAGCAUCCUUUAUAAUGGCGUAAGCGCCGUCGACAAUAAGGUGCCCUUUUUAUAGAAAAUACCACAUUUCAACAGAUUAUUCUGUUGUCAAAUAGUUUCAACAGUAGAACGAGCUUGGGGCUUGGAGCCAACAGUUCAGCUUACAUUAAAAUCACCGCAGUUGUAUUGAAGUAUCAUGCCUAAUUAAAAAUGGCGUAAACAUUAAUCGGUCCAUUUUUAUAUGGAGUGAAUGAAUGAGUUGAGUUAUUCAUGUGGUAAGUUCUGUAAGUAAUAUUACUUAUUCAAGUACGUAGUACCAUAGAGUAACUUAUACUAGAGCGGUACUGUCAUAAUAAAUUUUGUAACCCCAGUAAAUUCACUGCCAUCUGUCGACACACUUUAAAACUAAAAAUGAAGAUUUUUAAAAAUACGAUAAAAUGUAUUUAAAUAUGGAUAAAUGAUUUUUUUUAUUUGCAUUAAUUAUUUUUAUGAUUUUGACCCAUGUUCUUUCACUGAUAUGCGUUAAAAUUGUUAAAUAACAAACGAAACUGUCAACGCCAUCUAUACGACAGUAGGCCAAAACUAGUAGCGCCCUCUGAACGAAAAUCAAAUUUUCUUGAUUUUCGAGGCACGUUUUUUCCUUAGACUGUAUCCAUGUAGUACCUAGUUAAUAGCCAACUGCCAAAGAACCUAAAUAUUUUCUACCAUACAUUUGUGAUUGCAUUUAUCAAGCGAGCAGUGAAUUAAUUUUUAUUUGUAGAAAUCGUAACUCAAAACUUGUAAAAAAUGGCAGUGUAAGUCAUUUUUUCAAAAGUCGCACUCGAACUUUUGAGGUUAGAAUAAAGCGAGACUAAUAAAAGUACCUAAACAAGACUUGGAAUAAUUAAAUCGUAAUAUUUUAACGUUGUAAAAAAGUCCCAUGUAUG